CAACGAACAAGUGAGUCAGAACCCGGUAACUAUGGACACCAAGCCUACGCAGAGGGCGGGGUAGGGGGAUUCCGGGGGGCGGGGCCUCAGUCCGGAAGCGCCCGUCAGGGGAGGGCCCGAGGGCGGGGCCAGCCAGCGCGCGGCUACUUCUUUGGUCCGAGGGGCGGGGCGAGAGGGAGGGCUAGACUGGGCCGACGGCUGCCUGGGGAACCGCUGCGGUGGACGCGGCCAGCGCUCCGAAGCUUGUUCUCGCUUCUCGCCGACCCCUCGGAACCCCGCAGGCCCGGCAGGAGGCCGCUCUGGGCCGGGCGCCCGUUCUGCAAGGCGGAUCCACAACCCGGAAAGGCGGCGCGGCAGAGCCCGGCGCGGGAUCCUGCUCGGACCAGGCCCCCGCGGGCCAGCGCCGCGGGCAUGUCGGAGGCGCAGAAGGGACCGGACGAAGCGGACGAGAGCCAGUAUGACUCCGGCAUAGAGUCUCUGCGCUCUCUGCGCUCCCUACCCGAGCCCACCCCGGCCCCAGCCUCCGGGCCCUCGGACAGCGGCGGCCCUCAGCCCUGGACCCAUCCACCGGGGACCGCCAGGGAGCCACAGGAGAAGGAAGACGCAGAUGGGGAGCGGGCUGAUUCUACCUAUGGCUCCUCCUCGCUCACUGAGCCCCUUUCCUUUCUGGGGGGCCCCGAGGCCGAGGACUCGGCCCCGGAUUCGCCGCUGCCCCCCGCGGGGUCGCUGAGCCCUCAGCAGCUGGAAGCACUCACUUACAUCUCUGAAGACGGAGACACGCUGGUCCACCUGGCAGUGAUUCACGAGGCCCCAGCGGUGCUGCUCUCUUGCCUGGCUUUGUUGCCCCAGGAGGUCCUGGACAUUCAGAACAACCUUUACCAGACAGCACUCCAUCUGGCUGUACAUCUGGACCAGCCGGAUACAGUUCAGGCUCUGGUGCUGAAGGGGGCCAGCCAGGUGCUACAGGACCGGCAUGGUGACACAGCCCUGCAUGUGGCCUGCCAGCGCCAGCACCUGGCUUGUGCCCGCUGCCUGCUGGAGGGGCAGCCAGAGCCAGGCAGAGGACCAUCUCACUCCCUGGACCUCCAACUGCAAAACUGGCAAGGUCUGGCCUGUCUCCACAUCGCCACACUGCAGAGGAACCAGCCACUCAUGGAACUGCUGCUUCAGAACGGAGCUGACAUUGAUGCACAGGAGGGCACCAGUGGAAAGACAGCAUUGCACCUGGCGGUGGAAACCCAGGACCGGGGCCUGGUGCAGUUCCUGAUCAAGGCUGGUGCCCGGGUAGAUGCCCGCAUGCUCAAUGGGUGCACACCUCUGCACCUGGCGGCUGGCCGGGGCCUCAACAGCAUCUCAUCCACUCUAUGUGAAGCGGGUGCUGACUCCCUGUUGCGGAACGUGGAAGAUGAAACACCACAGGACCUGGCUGAGGAUCCCCUUGUUCUCUUGCCCUUCGAUGACCUGAAGAUCUCAGGGAAGCCACUGCUGUGUACUGACUGAAGCCAGGGCAGGGUCUGGGGCCCUGGGGGCUCUACCUCUUGCCACCUGGAAGCUGGGGCCACAGCUGCUGCAAUUUGGACCCAGGUGAGGUGCCCUUCUGGUGUCCUAGGGACUGCUGAUGUCAGAGCCUGGGGCCACUACAGUCCUGAGCUGAGAGGAGAGAUCGCAAGUGAAAGAGAGCCAGUCGGGAAGGAAGAGCAUCCCAGGUGGACGGAGACUCUUGGAAGACCCCCAAAGCCCCAGGUAUCCUGGGUGAAGCCUGUUUGCCUCUCUUGAAGAUGGCAGAGGCUCUUGUUUCUACACAUGUUGGAUCAGCCUCAAACUGCCAACUAGAGGGAAAACAUGGACUCUCCUGAGUGAGAAGAGACUAAAAUAGGAGCAAGCAGGGCCAGGAGGGGGUCCUAUCUUACUGCUGUUGAGGACCCUAAAACACUGUUGUUUAAAGACAAAGAAGGCCCUGAACAGAGAUUUUGGGGAAGGGAAGUUUCAGUAA